AUGGCGAUUCUUGCGUCUUUGUUGUCCUGCUGCACCUCCAGCAACCGUCCAGGCAAACUUGAGGCACAAACCCGCCAUGCCCGCAUCAUCGCCAUUACCAAUGCCCAGCCCGACCGCUGGAGAUGUCCCAUUGUGCAGCCAGAGAGCUACCACCACGACAACCCUCCUCCACGAUAUGACGAGAUAGCACAAUAUCCUUUGACGGCCACAGACGAGAAAUCUAUUCCUGUGGCCUUCCAAGUAACCGUGGAAGAAGACGAGGCUCCGCCCCCGCCAGCGUCGCCUCGCUCUUCCGUUGUCUCGAUACCCUCGACCCGACUGACGGACCUGACUACGGCACGAACCGGCGAAACAACGCACCGGAGUGGGCGAGAAAGUCUCGAGCGCGUGUGGACUCGGUCCAGCUUGCCUGCGUACUCGGACAGGAGUUCAAGCCCGGUGGCAUCUUUGUCCGUCGCAGGAAGAGACGGUGAUAGAGAUCCAGUCUGGCAACAUCCGGUUAUGACGAACGAUUGGCUCGAGGUGCUGCAGCAAGAAACGCAGAUUGACUCGGCUGAUACAACGCGCUGGUUGGUCAUCAACGUCUCUGACGAUGACCUCGAAAGAUAUACCAUCAUAUCACAGUCUACGGUCCAGUCGAGGGCGAUGCUCUUGGGCAGAACCGAUAUGCACCUUGAGGCACUGGGCUUACGGUUUCCCGAUCUCCGCAGCAAGAGGAAGAAGAUCUAUCCGAGGCAUUUCCCUGGACGAGCCACCGACCGGACGACUAGCAACUAUCUUGCGCCUUGA